GGUAUAUAGGGCCUUGAUCCGACCUUUCAUAUUUCCACUUCCUAUGCUACUCCACUUUACCGAACAUUCCAGAUCCGUAAGUAGGAGGUUUAGCGCAGGCGCAAACCCGCCACGCAACGCCGGGCGCCGGCUGACUCGUGACGCACUCGGCCCGCGCCUCCACCAAUCAGAGGCGGACGCAGGAAUCGUCGGCUGUGUCGGCGAACUUCAUUGGCUGGCCGGGGACAGCGCACCGGACGCGGUCGGCGAGUGGCUUCUAUGCUACAAAUUCGCCGGAUGUUCUUUGCCGGCGAGAUUCCAGAGGAGGAGGUCGUGCGCGCGGUACAGAUCUGUUGCACCAGACUGCGUACCGAAAUAAUUCAGAAUGGCAAAGGCCCCGGCGAUCGGAAUUGAUCUGGGCACCACGUACUCGUGCGUGGGCGUCUUCCAGCAUGGCAAGGUGGAAAUCAUCGCGAACGACCAGGGCAACCGGACCACGCCCUCGUACGUCGCCUUCACCGACACGGAGCGUCUGAUCGGAGACGCCGCCAAGAACCAGGUGGCCAUGAACCCGGGCAACACCGUGUUCGACGCCAAGCGACUCAUCGGCCGUCGUUUCGAGGACGCCCCGGUGCAGGCCGACAUGAAGCACUGGCCGUUCGAGGUCGUCAGCGAUGGCGGCAAGCCCAAGAUCCGCGUCGAGUACAAGUGCGAGAAGAAGACGUUCGCGCCCGAGGAGAUCAGCUCGAUGGUGCUGACCAAGAUGAAGGAGACGGCCGAGGCCUACCUGGGCAAGACCGUCACCGAUGCUGUCAUCACCGUGCCGGCCUACUUCAACGACUCUCAGCGUCAGGCGACCAAGGACGCCGGCGCGAUCGCCGGUCUGAACGUGCUGCGCAUCAUCAACGAGCCCACCGCGGCGGCCAUCGCCUACGGCCUCGACAAGAAGGUCGGCGGCGAGCGCAACGUGCUCAUCUUCGACCUGGGCGGCGGCACCUUCGAUGUGUCGAUCCUCACCAUCGAGGACGGCAUCUUCGAGGUGAAGUCGACCGCCGGAGACACUCAUCUCGGCGGAGAGGACUUCGACAACCGCAUGGUCAACUUCUUCGUCCAGGAGUUCAAGCGCAAGCACAAGAAGGAUCUCUCGACCAACAAGCGCGCGCUGCGUCGUCUGCGCACCGCCUGCGAGCGUGCCAAGCGUACCCUCUCCUCCUCCUCCCAGGCCUCCAUCGAGAUCGACAGCCUCAUGGAGGGCAUCGACUUCUACACGUCCAUCACCCGCGCCCGGUUCGAGGAGAUGAACGCCGACCUGUUCCGCGGCACCCUCGAGCCGGUCGAGAAGUCUCUGCGCGACGCCAAGAUGGACAAGGGCGCCGUCCACGACAUCGUCCUGGUCGGAGGCUCCACCCGUAUCCCCAAGAUCCAGAAACUCCUGCAGGACUUCUUCAACGGCAAGGAGCUCAACAAGUCCAUCAACCCUGACGAGGCCGUGGCGUACGGCGCUGCCGUCCAGGCUGCCAUCCUCCACGGCGACAAGUCUGAGGAGGUGCAGGACCUGCUGCUCCUGGACGUGACGCCCCUCUCGCUCGGUAUCGAGACGGCCGGAGGUGUGAUGACCGCCCUCAUCAAGAGGAACACCACCAUCCCGACCAAGCAGACGCAGACCUUCACCACGUACUCCGACAACCAGCCGGGUGUGCUGAUCCAGGUCUACGAGGGCGAGCGUGCCAUGACCAAGGACAACAACCUGCUGGGCAAGUUCGAGCUGACCGGCAUCCCGCCGGCGCCGCGCGGCGUGCCCCAGAUCGAGGUCACCUUCGACAUCGACGCCAACGGCAUCAUGAACGUCAGCGCGGCCGACAAGUCGACCGGCAAGGAGAACAAGAUCACCAUCACCAACGACAAGGGUCGGCUCACCAAGGAGGAGAUCGAGCGGAUGGUCAACGAGGCCGACAAGUUCAAGCAGGAGGACGAGGCCCAGCGUGAGAAGAUCUCCGCCAAGAACGCCCUCGAGUCGUACGCCUUCAACAUGAAGUCGACCGUCGAGGAUGAGAAGAUCAAGGACAAGAUCUCCGAGUCCGACAAGACGACCAUCUUGGACAAGUGCAACGACACCAUCAAGUGGCUGGACGCCAACCAGCUCGCUGAGAAGGACGAGUUCGAGCACAAGCAGAAGGAACUGGAACAGAUCUGCAACCCCAUCAUCACCAAGCUGUACCAGGGAGCCGGCGGCGCGCCGCCCGGCGGUAUGCCCGGAGGUAUGCCCGGAGGCGCUCCCGGAGCCGGAGGUGCCGCACCCGGAGGCGGCGCCGGCGGCCCCACCAUUGAGGAGGUCGACUAAACGCCGUCCCUCGCCCCAGACGGGUCCAAUGGUCAACCAAAAAGGUGGCGACCUGAGGGUCGCUCACCCUGUUUUAUUUUCUUGUCUCCGUACCCUGCACAUGUUUUGAUGCGUGAAUAAAAAGUUCCUGGUUAUGUCCCGA